AUGCACAUCUCUGUGAACCCAACACUGAAGUCAACGCAAACUCAUGUUUGUUCUAACUUGGGACGUAUGAAUGUGAAAGCAUUUGCUGUAAAGAUAAACUUCUUAGGGCAUAUGCUUUGGCAACAAAUUAAACAAAACCCUUCUUCGAAUUUAAAUAAAAAGAAGGUAGAGCUUGAUUCCUCCACUUGCAGGGGUAAAAGAAGGUCUAAGAAUGAUGAAGUCACUUUUCUAGUUGCUCAGAUGAAAGCUGUGACUUGUGGUUCGAAGAAACUUGCACUAAACCACAAAAAGACCUGCAUUACUUUUGACUUGGACUUGCAUUGUGAAGGGUUAAUUGGUCUAACAAAAAGUCUUGUUGCUCAAUCAACAUUAGCAUCUCUUGAAAGUCUUCCCCAAGUCAUCCCUAGGUGUACCCCACUCAUGGGUUGUGGCAAAAUGACAGACAACAAUCCAAGACCACCACCUGACACACCUGACAGUGAUGAUUUCACCAACCAGUGGCCUUUUGAGGUCUCUGAGUACUUGAGAUUCGAAGAUAACCAAUGGAUGCAUGAUGAUCUUGAGUCUUCUGCUUCUGAGAAUGUCUCAAACCAGAUUCAUCAAGCCAGUAAUGUAGGUGAGUUUGGAGGCGGUGGAAGAUACUUUGAGGGAUCUUCUAGCAGAGAUGGUAGCAGUGGACGUGUGAAUAGGGAAGUUGUAAGAGAGAGAGUUGCAUUCAAAACAAUGUCAGAGAUUGAAGUACUAGAAGAUGGGUACAGAUGGAGAAAGUAUGGAAAGAAAAUGGUGAAGAACAGCCCCAAUCCAAGGAAUUACUAUAGGUGUUCAGUGGAUGGAUGCUCUGUGAAGAAGAGAGUGGAGAGAGAUAAGGAUGACCCUCGGUAUGUAAUAACAACCUACGAAGGAAACCACACUCACCCGAGUUCUUCCUAG